AUGGUUUUCUCCUCCUCUCCCGUGCUCUACCCUGCGAGCUCUUCGCCACCAGCAAUCCCUGAGAAGAAGAAGCGCCGACUAUUUCAACCAUUUCCCAGCGCGCCACAACCCAAGAGACCGAAGGUGUUGGGUGGAUUUUUGGUGGAUAGCGAUGACGAAGCUGCCGACCAGGACAAGGUGGAAAAGACUGAGAACCCUCCGUCGCUCCUUUCGAAAGACCCAAGCCUGCCUACGCCGCCGAAAGACAACACAGAAAUCGCUGGUAUGCAAGCCACGAAGCCAGCCGAUCAGCCGGCCAGUCCGACACUGCCCCCAUUGCCUCGGUCAUUGCUCAGGAAGAGACUGCUAAACAAUGUGACUGUGCAGACCUGCCAGGGGGCAUUACUGGAGAUUCCCAUUCGACAAAAGUCCCAACAAUUGUCCUAUGAGCAGACGAUCGCGCAGCGAUCAGUGACAGCAGCUGGACGAGCAAAGAAAGCAUAUUAUGGCAUUGAUAUCCACAAGCUCAUGGAUGAAGCAAAGACACAGCGGCAGCUUCACGAGUUUGAAAAGCAGAGAGAGGCGCAAAAAAGACUUGCAAAGCCAUCACUGGAAGUCUCGGUGAAAGCCGUGACUCCAGCUUCCAAAUCAGCCAGUCACCAAAUGUGGACGGAGAAGUACCGGGCGAGGAAAUUCACCGAGCUCGUCGGAGACGAGCGGACGCAUCGGCAGGUUCUUCGUUGGCUGAAAGCUUGGGACCAUGUGGUCUUUCCGGGAAGUGCAAAGCCUAAAUCUGUUAAAGUGUUUGACGAAAAGGACCAAGGCCAGCACCAACACAGGAAGAUCUUGCUCCUGACUGGACCGCCGGGUCUCGGAAAGACCACCCUGGCCCAUGUCUGCGCCAGGCAAGCAGGCUAUGAGGUUCUCGAAAUCAAUGCAAGUGACGAUAGAAGCAGGGAUGUGGUCAGGGGGCGGAUCAAGGAUGCUCUCGGCACCGAAACUGUCCGGGGCAUCAAAGAGCAAGGCAAAGCAAGAAAGGCCGGACGGCCCGUGUGUGUCGUUGUUGAUGAAGUGGACGGUGUCACCACGGGCUCAGGUGCCAGUGGUGAAGGUGGUUUCGUCAAGGCUCUCAUUGACCUUGUUCAGCUUGACCACAAGAACGCAGCGGGAACCGGCACCGGAGAUACCUCCAAGGGAAAAAAGAAGGGCGACAAAUUCAGGAUGCUAAGGCCCCUGAUUCUCGUCUGUAAUGACGUGUACGCGCCUUCGCUUCGACCACUGCGAAUGAGCUCGAUGGCCGAGGUCGUCCAUGUUCGAAAAGCACCGAUGGACAAGGUCAUUGCACGAAUCAAGACUGUCUUUGAGAGGGAAUUGAUUGCCUGUGACAAUGAUGCUGUUCGUCGACUGUGCGAAAACGCUUGGGGCCUAGCAAUGCGGAAACAGCGAGUCCCAGGCUCUCGAGGCUCUGGAGAAGGCGACAUUCGAGGGGUCCUUGUUCAAGCUGAAUGGAUUGCUCACAAGCUGCGAGCAAAGGAAACGAAGCCUAGGUUGACGCGACAGUGGCUGGAACCGCAGCUUCAAGACGCCCAAGCAGGUCAGAAAGGCUUAGGACGAGGCGGGGUCCGAGAAGUUGUCGAGCGAGUAUUCUUGGAAGGAGCUGGUUUGCCCAACCUACCGACCAAUCUUUCCGCGGACGAAGCCAGAUUAAUUGCUGACUCCAAAACAAAUCCUAUCGGAGUGGCCAACCUGCGGAAGCGGGCAGCCCUUACAGCAUUGAGAGAGAUGGUCGAUACCUGUGGGGACCAUGAUCGAGUAAUGACUGACUGCUUUGCGACAUACCCGACUCUGACGUAUCAGGAUGACACCCAACUGUCGAAGCCGAACGCUGGAUACGACUGGCUUCAUUUCCACGAUGCCUUGUCGACCCGGGUAUACUCAGGCCAAGAGUGGGAGCUCACGCCUUACUUGAGCACUAGCGCCUGCGGAUUUCACCAUCUCUUUGCCGUGGUCGACAAGGGCAACAAGGCUUGGAACGACGAGACGCCCGAGGAAGAAGAGGUGGAUGUUCACCCAUUUAGCGGUCCCAAGGCGGAUUUUGUCGCGUAUGAGGCGGAAAAGCAAAGCCGGACGCUGCUGACGGAGCUUCAAUCGAGCUUUUCAGCACCCCUGUUGAGGCUGUUUAGUUCUGUCGACGAUAUCGCCACGGAGCUGAUCCCAAGCGUGGGGAAGAUGUUGGCUCCAGACGUCAAGCCCGUGGUGAUUGGCGGAUCAGGUGGUUCUGCCAGUGUAGCGAGCGUGCGUAGAGAGACCGAGAAGGUGUGUGUCAGAAACGCUGUACGAACCAUGCUGGCUCUGGACUUGUCGUUCGAGCAAGUCCGCGUGGAGGUCGAGGGUGGUGGCGCUCACUCGAAUGGCGGCUACGUGUACCGCAUGGAACCCCCUCUUGACAAUCUUCUGGCUUACCACAUGGAAAAGUCAGCCUCCGGUGCCGGUCCGAUCCGAUAUGCAGUUCGGCAAGUACUCGACCAAGAGCUGAAGAAGGAGAAAAUCUUGCAGAAUUCAGCAGUCAGGCACGCUCGGUCUGGAACAUCGUAUUCAAGCCUAACGGGGGAUGAGAACAAGGAGAACGAAAGUCCAGCGAAUAAAGCGCAGCGGGUGGCGUCGAAGGAACCGGGUGUCAAGCGCGACUUCUUCGGACGAUUGAUCAACGAAGAACGGCCCAAGUCAGCUGGUAAGGCGGUGAAUGAGCCGGGGCUCAAGCUACAAGCAGGUCGGAUCUGGGUGUCGUUCCACGAAGGAUUCUCGAAUGCCGUUCGGAAACCGAUCACGUUGAAGGAGUUGAUGGACGGUUUCUGA